AUGAAGAGUGCGUCAAAUGGCUCAUUGGAAGACGCUAACAGCAAUGUGACCUGGAGCAGCUCCCUGGUCCUGGCACUGGGGGUCCCACAGGUGCUGGUCAAUCUCAUCUCUAUUAUUUGCAAUGCGGUGGUGGUCUUCGGCAUCGCGACGGUCGAACAGCGGCGCCGGCCCAUCAUUGUCCUCUUCCGCAGUCUGGCCUUGUCCGACCUGCUCACUGGCUGCUCCUCACUUUACGUGGCACUGCUGUUCAUCUCGAACCCUGACAACUCCAUCCACGGCUCCCAAGAGCUCCUGGUCGCCUACUCCAUCUUCACCGUCUCCAUCCUGUCCACUGUAUACAACCUGAUCAGUAUCGGGGUGGAGCGCUACCUGACAGUGGCCGACUGCCUGAGGGAACGAGGCCGGCUGUCCGAGCAGCACAUCUGGUUGGCGGCAGGCAGCAGCUGGAUACUGGCCAGCCUACUGGGCAUGCUGCCUCUCAUGGGCUGGAACUGUCUGGGCAAAGAGGCUGCCGCGUCUCGCCUGUACGGUCCCUUCUGCAUUGACUACCUGAUCUUCAUCGCUGCCCCGAACUUUGCGGUGGCUUCCCUCUGCCUGCUGCUCACCUACGUUGCCAUCAUUGUCAUCUUAAGGAGGCAGAGUUCCACCGUGGCUGCACACGCCCACAGCACCAGCUGCUAUAAGGUGGCCGAGGCCCGUGUCACCAAGACAAGCGCCUUCAUCUGGGUCACCACGCUGAUAUCGUACGCCCCCUUCUUCGGAGGGGUCCUUUGGGACGUCCUUGACCACUCUCCUGCCGAGGACAUUCGCAUCGGCGUCUACAUCUUCAGGAACUGCACUGCCAUCAUGAUCACGGCCAACUCUUUGGUCAAUCCCAUCAUCUACACCCACAAGCAGCGAGGACUGGGGUGCAGCAUGAGUUCCCUCAAAGGCUGCCUCCAAAGGAAAACCCGGGAGCGAACGGUAGCGAAUCCUUAG